UUCGUGAAGCCGCGAUACCAAACAGACCUUGUGCGCCUGCGCAGUUUGUACAACAAAUCUUUCGGGCAACGGAGGAGACGAAUGGUCGCUAAUGCGCAUAUUUGGGGACAAAAAAAGAUAAAUCCCCCCAAACAGACUCGCAGGAAUCAUGGGGAGUGUGUUCCUGCCAGCAGAAGCGGCCCACUCGGUCCUGCGGAGGCUGCGCAGGGCCAACUUUUUUCUGGAGGAAAUAAAGCAGGGUAACAUCCAGAGGGAGUGUCGGGAGGAGACCUGCACCUAUGAGGAGGCCCGGGAAGCUUUUGAGAACGAAGAGAAGACGAGGCAGUUCUGGGAAGAAUAUGUGCGUGAAAGCAGUCCGCCUGGAGGCCUGGAGGCAGCGGUGGGCGGGAUCCACUCGCUCUACCUGAUUGUGCCACUGCUGCUGGUCGUGGUCAUCAUCGCCGGCAUCGCAAUCACUGUGUGGCGCUGCCACUCCCGCAAACGCUCACAGCGCAGCCCCAGCAUGGGACACUCGCAUCACAACAACGUCUUGUCAGUGGUCUCUAUGGACCACUGGGGGAGGGAAUACCACGGUGACCAAUCAGAACUCAGCAUCCACAGCAGCCCAGCGUAUCCAGGCUCAGAGUUUACGUCAGGGCGCGGAAGCGCUGGGGACCCGCCGCCAUCUUACGAGGAGGCUGUGGGCCACACGGAUGUCCAAAUAGAGACGGAGCCGCCCCCACAGUAUGAGGACAUAGUCAACAGCAGCUCUGUUAGUGUCAAUGGGGGCCAAGGGAAGUGAACGUGUUUGUAACCAGCAGCCUAACAAACGCCCUAACCCACACUAAGACUAUUAUUGUUUAGCAGUGCUACUGCUGUGUUUUCACCAGCCCCCCACCCCACCCCUGCAAUCCAACACACACAACAGAAACACUAAUAACUGUUUGGUCAGUGGACUAAUGCAAUCAUUAGUGCUGGAACAGACGUUGCACUAACCUGUGGCAUUGAAGGAACGAGUGAUGGUGCAAUACCAAACCGGUCUACACGCUGCUGCUUCUCCUCACGCUGUAUCAGAGCUACAGAUUCACAAACGUGGUUUGUAUCACAGGUGUGAGACCAAUGCUUUAGUGACGCUCGGUACCAACUGAUGUCACUUUGAGACCCGAGUAGGCAGCGUCACAUCAUUUGUACGUAUUUUUCAUCUUUGAAUUUGAAUUUUUCAUCUUUUGUGUUUUCAUUUUGCAGCACAAUGCAAAACUUUACUCAAAACAUUCAUCCACAAGUUUAUUGUUGUACAUUUGCUGUGUGUGACUCAAUCAUAAGUAAACAUAACUCAGACUUUUAGCUUGAGGAAGGACAUUAUUCACCAGCCUGUCUCUCGUGGUGGGCAGGGAGCCUGCACAUGGCUCCGAUGAGGGUUUUACCUGUAAAUAGUAGAUAGAUGUCAAGAUGUGGCAUAAUAUGCCUUAAAGCACGAGGUGACUCACCAAAUCAAAGCAUUGGUCCAUCUUUAGUAAACACUUGUGAAUGUUAGAAGGGUUAAGGGAAGGACAGCAGUUAUGCGUCAUUACCUGCUUAUGUUUUGGUAACACCUGUAGUUCAUGCUGUCCUCGUGAGGUUAGAGGUGUCUCUGUACUGUUUAAUGGUCAGGACUCACUGGCCCAUGAACACUAGUGGGGCCUCUGAAAACUGCUCACAGCUGCUUUAACUGUGAAACGCCCUCCUUCCCAAACGGACCUCCUGGAUGUGAAACUGUAGCUGUGCUACUGUUACUGACUUGCACAUGAAUGUGGGGCAGAAAGCAGCAGAGACGGGUUGUCAGGGGAAGCUUCUGUAUUUACAGUCACCAUGGAUAAAGUCUAUGUUUAGCAUGAGUAAUGUAUCUAUGUAACUGUGUAUCUGUGUGCAAACAUUACGGGGAGGCAUUUUUUAAAGCUUAAAGGCCAGUGACUGCAUCGGUGCUGAUGUAACUGUAGUACAGAAGGUUGUGAAUAAUGAAGGGACGAAGCUGAAAAUGAGCUGUUUCAUGAAAAGUAGGACAGUCUGGUUUCACAUUUGCUGUGUCACUCAGCAGUAACAAUGACGUCGUAAUCCUCAGAGUGCUCAGUCUAUAUGCAACGCUGCUGCUGCUGCAUACACUCUAAAGCCAAAUAUGUUGUCACUAAUGCUGAUCACUGUCACACAGCAGAGCACUCAACUUUUGCGAUGUGACCUUUGAGCCUCAGCACUCGCUAUGACACUGAGCUGACUCGUGCUGGUAGAGGUAGCAAUUUUGGUUGGGUCACUUGUUGUACUGUUACUUAACAGAACCCUGUUUUUACAAAGCCUUAUCGAGGAAAAAACGCGUUAUAUAACACUAAAAGUAAGGAGCUUGUUAUAAAUCUUUCACUUGUGCAAAAGCUUGAAUUAAUUUGUAAUAAAAUAUUUAAAAUGUG